ACUAGCAGACUCACGCUUUGCGGAAGUCCGACAUAUAAACAAGAGAUCUUUUGCAUUUGAAGUCGUUAUAAGUCAACAUCCGUCCGAUUGACUUCCUUUCUUAAAAUAGCCCGAUUCAACAAUGGCAAAGAGAACCAAGAAGGUUGGCAUUGUUGGAAAGUAUGGAACCAGGUAUGGUGCCUCUCUCAGAAAAACUGUCAAGAAAAUGGAGAUAACUCAGCACAGCACAUACACAUGUCCCUUUUGUGGAAAGGAAUCCAUGAAGAGAAAAGCAGUUGGCAUUUGGAAGUGCAGCAGAUGCUCUAAAACAGUUGCAGGGGGUGCUUGGGUUUAUUCAACUACAGCUGCAGCUCAAGUACGCAGUGCUAUUCGUCGUCUUAGAGAAAUGAAGGAAAUCUAAAUAAAUUUUGUAAAGCACUUAA